CGCAGGGAUGGGUACUAUAGUACCCUACGUCCCUACCCAUUGUCAUCCCUAGAUUGAAAAAGAAAAAAAAUGAUGAUACAAUGAUAGAAAAAAAUAAAUAAAUAAGCGAGGAUAGAAAGUUCUUGAACAAAAAAAAAAAAAAACAAGAAAGUUGCUUACUUAAACCCUUGCUGUGUUUGCCCGGUGACACGCUCAUCGGUAACCGAUUUAUCUCCAUUUCCCUGCUCAUAUAUUGAUUCCCACAAAAUUUGACCACGCCCUUUCUGUGGCGUUCAAGUUUUCAUCUGUUCCCUACCCUUUUUGUUCAAUUUUCUGCAAUUACACCUCUGUCCUUGAAUUAAAUUGGAAUUUUGGAGAACUUGAGGAUUUUGACUUCUUCUGAGGUGUUACAAACAAGCUCAAAAUGAAUUUGAAGGUUAAUCGUAUAAAUUGGGUGGGGAAUAUUUACCAGAAGUUUGAAGCAGUGUGCCAAGAAGUGGACGGUAUUGUAGGCCAGGAUGCUGUUAAAUAUCUCGAUAACCGGGUCCAGAAUGUUGGAGAUAGUAUGAAAAAGUUAUAUUCUGAAGUUGUACAUGAGCUACUACCUUUUCCUACCUUGUCCAGUCCUACAAAAUAUGAAGCUCGUUCAUUUCCUUUGAAAAAUAAUGUUGGGUCCACAGCUGGUUGUGUUGAAGAUAAAAAUAAAGAUAGAAGUAAAAACGUGGGUGAGGAACAACCUGUCAAUAAUUUUAUCGAUUCAUCGCAGGAUUCUAUUGCAAUGGAUCUUGCUAAUGAUCAACAAGAAUAUAAUCCUGAAAAACAUGAGCUUGUAAAUCAAGCUAGUAGCACAACUUGUUCAGAUUCUGCUGAGGUGGAUGAUUCUUUCAAAACUCGAGAAAUUUUAGCGGAACUUACAAUCAUUGAAGAGACUGCCCUAAAGUCUGCAUCCGAGCUAGUGAAUUUGAUAUCUGAUAGAGAGAAAGAACCCUUUGAAUUCUCGAUACAUAAUCAAUCCUGUUCUGGUUCUUCUGAUACUGCAUGUGGAGGAGUUUCAGUGAGAACGGAAGAACUAUGUUUGAUUGUUGAAGAAAAUAAUAUGAAUUCAUCUGCUGAAGUGUUAAAUUUCAAGACAGAAAAAUCAUCUGAUGCUGUUAAGGGUGAUAACGGUAUACUAGCUGGAGUUUCAUCUGCAUCAUGCAAAAGGCCAAAUAUCACAGAGACGGUAUCUUCAUACUUCAACAGUUCCUUAGUUUCUGAUAGUCCAUAUUCAGAGUCCGUAGGAAGCUACCCCUUUGAAAUUGAAUCUUACAAAAGAAAUUCAGGGGAGGUUGUUUUGUCUAUUUCAGAUAGUUCCAUGGCACAUGUAUGCUGUGAACCCCCCCAAAUAGCUAGCCAGGUCAAGGAAUCCCGUGAUGUAAUCGUUUCUUCUUGUCGAUGUCAAUCAGCAGAAUCAAAUGAUGAAUCAUGUUCUAUUGAGUUAAGGUUGGAAGACGUUCAAUUGAAUAAUGAUACAAAGCUUGAAGAAAGCUGUGUAUUUGUGAAAGAUAGUGAACUCUAUGCAGUCUCGUACAGGAUCCAACAGCUUAGAUCGUAUCAGAAAAGAAUCCAGGAUGCAUUUGCUUCAAAGAAAAGGUUAGCAAAGGAGUAUGAACAACUAGCAAUAUGGUAUGGAGAUGCUGAUAUGGAGCCAAGUCAAGAUGUAUCAGGAACUCGCUUGCCAUUUAGUUCCAGAACAUAUACAAACUCGAAGGAUUUGGAAGUGCAGCAAGCCUCUGAAACUGAGUGGGAGCUGCUGUAAAUAAGAAUUAGGUGCCAUGUAAUGUAAAUAAGGAAAUAGAGCUAGGGGGCUCAUUUAUUUGAAAUUAUACAUGUCAAAUGUGGCGGUGCUUACUUAAAAAUGAAAAUCAUAUUGUUUAAGUUUCCAUGAAAAUACAGGGUAAAAUAAUAAACUGUUCAUUGUCAGAAUAAUAAUCAGGUUCUUAGAAA